GCGGGCCUCCGACAGUUCGGCAGCUUCUUCCUGGCGGGUGGGGUGCCGCCAUGGAGGGCGAUCCUCCACCGGUGGAGGAACGGCGGCGGCUGCAGGAGGAGCUGUCCGAGUUCGUGGAGAGCUGCUGUCGGAGGCUGGAGGAGGUGACCGCGUCCCUGGGCUGGAGUCUGGAUCGGAUGGAUCCCGGGAAGGAGGUCGCGGCAGAGGAGGAAGUUGUGAUAUGCCCUUAUGAUUCCAAUCAUCACAUGCCUAAAUCAUCUUUAGCAAAGCACAUGGUAUCGUGUAGGUUGAGGAAACUGGGCUACACGAGAGAAGAAGAGGAUGAAAUGUAUAAUUCUGAAUUUUUUUAUGAGAAUGUAAAGAUACCAUCAAUCACUUUGAAUAAGGACUCACAAUUCCAGAUAAUUAAACAAGCUAGAACUGCAGUUGGAAAAGAUGGUGAUUCUUAUAAUCAAAGGAUUUAUUCUUCAUUACCUGUUGAAGUUCCUCUGAAUCACAAACGAUUUGUUUGUGAUCUGACCCAAGCUGAUCGUCUUGCCCUCUAUGAUUUUGUAAUUGAGGAGACAAAGAAGCAGCGCUCUGAUUCUCAAAUUAUCGAAAAUGACAGUGAUCUCUUUGUAGACUUGGCUGCAAAAGUCAAUCAAGAUAAUAGUCGAAAAAGUCCAAAAUCUUACCUUGAAAUUCUGGCAGAAGUGAGGGAUUAUAAAAGAAGGCGCCAGUCCUAUAGAGCCAAGAAUGUUCACAUAACCAAGAAGUCGUAUACUGAGGUGAUUCGGGAUGUGAUAAAUGUGCACAUGGAAGAACUCAGUAAUCAGUGGCAGGAAGAGCAGGAAAGAGCAGAGGAUGAUGCUGAAAAGAAUGAAAGGCGAUCAGUUUCAGUAGAUUCACGGCAGUCUGGUGGAAGCUAUUUGGAUGCUGAGUGUUCACGACAUAGAAGGGAUCGGAGUAGGAGCCCACAUAAACGAAAAAGAAAUAAAGAUAAAGAUAAAAACUGGGAUUCAAGAAGAAGAAAAGAGAGGGAUGGGGAAAAACAUCAUAGUCAUAAAAGAAGAAAGCAAAAAGUAUAAAUGAAGUAUUUGUGCAAGUAUUAAUUAUUCUGAUGCCAUGAUAACCAGUAUGCUGAUAAUUUCGUUAUAAUUGCUUUGAGUAGGAGAAUGUGUUUAUAUGAAUUGUUCAGUGCUCAGAUCAUUAUUUUUUAGUAUGUGCUUAUGUGUGAAACCAUGAGUACACUAUUAUGCCCAAAACUUGUUUUCCUUAUAUUUUAAUAGAUGAUCGCUUCCUAUUACUCAUUUUAUUUUUUUCUUUCUUGAUAAUUUAGCAAAAAAUUCUUUAAUUAAAGUCAAUACUUGAAUUAUAUAAAUAAUACAUGACUCCAUUCUCAUUGUAAAAAACUAAACCUUACAGCCCUGACUGGCGUGGCUCAGUUGGUUGAGUGUCGUCCUGAAAAUCGAUAGGUCGCCAGUUCGAUUCCCAGUCAGGGCACAUGCCUGGGUUGUGGGCCAGUCCCUUGUUGGGGUGUGUAUGAGAGGCUACCAACUGAUGUUUCUUUCUCUCUCUUUCUCCCUCCCUUACCCUCUCUCUAAAAAUGAAUAAAUAAAAUCUUUAAAAAAAAUUAAACCUUACAGAGAAGGCUAAAGCCCCCUUGGAACACCCACUGCAAUCUCUGGGGACACCCCAGUGGUAACUACUAUUUACUACUGCACUGGUGACUUGCAAUAGGGAAAACCCACCUAAUAUCUGUUAGGAGGGGGAAAGGCCUGGCUAAAUAAAAUACACUAUAGUUAUAUAACAGAUUACUAUAUUGGAUAUAAAAGAAAUAAACAUUAUCUACAUUAACAUGGAUAGAUUUCAAAAACAUAAUGUUAAGUGAAAAUAGCAAGUUGCAGAAAAAUGUGUACAAGUUAUAUCUUUGUACAAAACAAUACUAUAUGUUUUCAGUGGCUGUAUAUGUAUGUAAAUAUAUUUUUAAAGGUUCAAAAGAACCCAUAUCAAAUGCACAACAGUGAUUUUUUGGGGGGACGGUAUAAUUGGGAUAGAUGAGGGGUGGCAGUGAGGAUUGGGAAGGUGGUCCAAGGAAACUUUAGUUUUAUCCAUAAUACAUUAAUUAUUAAAAAGUAAGGUAUUCAUGUUUUACUUGUUAAAUUGUCAUCUUCUUUUUUAAAAUGCCUUCUGAAAAAACUGUCAUUUUGUGUUUUUUUGUAAAUUAAAUGUAUUGAGGUACUGUUUACAUAAACCAAAAUGCAUCUAUUUUAAGUGCACAUUUCAUUGACUUUGACCAACUUAUACUGCCUAUAUAACUGUCACCUCAAUGAAGAUAGUGAACAUUUGCAUCAGCCCAAAAAGUUCCCUUAAAACCUUUCCCACAAUCUAUUUUUCUACCCCCAGCUGCAGGCAACCCCGGAUCUGCUUUGUGUUAAUGCUGAUGAGAUGUAUCUUUUCUAGAAUUCAUAUAAAUGGAAUAGUACAAUAUAAACUCUGCCUUCCUCUAUUCCACAUAUGUUUGCGAUUGGUGCGUGUCGUUGUGUCAGUAGUCUGCUCCUUUUUGUUGCUCGUAGUAUGUUCGAUCACGUGGUAGACCAUUCAGUGAAAUUUUGGCAUUAAAUGUUAAGCAUCUCAUAUCUGAAUAGCAAUAUCUAGAAUAUUGGAAAUCUAGCUUAAAGAUCCCAAACUAGGUUUCAAAUACAAAUUGAACCUUAAUUUUUUCAGUAUGUAAUUGACAAAGACAGAAAGGUUGACUUGAUUUAGAUCAGAUUGGCUGUUAGGCUUCAGAUACAGAAAACAGCUGUCAGAUUUAUAAGUUGGAAACAGGUCACUUGCCAAUAUGAAGUCCUACUACUGCCAUUGCACUUAAUUUCCAAAUAUCUAAAAUUCAGAUUUAAAAUUCUUAAAAACAAGGACUUUGGAGUUACCACAAUGUUCAAGUAUAUGAAGUUGCAGCUUUUGUAGGUCAAAAUGAUUUGAAUGAUCUCAACAGUUUCAUGUAGUAUAACUUAAUUUACAAUUUUGUUUUUCUUUAUGAUUUUAAUGAUUUCACUCACUGGGAGAAACAAAAGAGUAAAAUUAAAAGGCAAACUUGGGUUUUUAGUAGAAGAGAAAUCAGUGAAAAGAGGGAGUGGAAUGGUCAGAUUAGGGAAAAAUAGGAUAGUAUGAAAAAAGAUUAUCUAAAAUAUAACCAGAGUUCUUUAAGUCCAAAAUUUUAAGUAUAAUAACUAAUACAACCCAACCAAUGAAAUAUAGAAUUAGAUCAUAAGAGGUAUUUGUUUGAUCCUUGAAUGUAUUAAUUUUCCAUGCUUAGUAAUUUGUUUUAGACCCCUUCAUCAAUAUAACCCCCAUGCCUAGCAUAUAAUAGUUAAUUUGUUAUUUUAAAUUUUGACAAGAGUUUUGCAGACCCUUGUCACCUAAUAUCUAAGUAUUUAUUCAUAAAGUGCUAAUAUUAAUGACUACUAUAUAACUGCUAUCCAUCUUACCCAUCCACUAAGUCUUAGCUCAGAUGAUAUCUUCUGACCUACGUUUCUGAUCUUCUGACUGUAUAUUUUCCCUCUUGAACUCUUUUAAAAGCACUAAGGAUAGAAGUUGCUAAGCACUUACUAUGUAGCAGACUCUGUUCUGAGCUUUUUUAAUUGUAAAAUAUACAUAAAAUUUAACAUUUUCACCAUAUUUAAAUGUAUAGGUUCAGUGGCAUUAAGUACCUCCAUAUUGUUGUACAACCAUUGCCACUGUCCAUCUUCAGAAUGCUUUUAUCUUCCCCAACUGCAACUCUGCAGCUAUUAAACAACUCUCUGUUUACUCCUCCUAGCCCCCUGUAACCACCAUGCUACUUUCUAUCUAUGAAUUUGACUAUUCUAGGUACCGCAUACAAGUGAAAUUACAGAGCAUUUUUUUUUGUGCCUGACUUAUUUUCCUUGGCAUAAUGUUUCCAAGGUGCAUCCAUGUUAUAGCAUGUGUCAGAAUUUCUUCUUUAAAGCUAAAUAAUAUUUUAUUGUAUUUGUGUGUGUGUAUAUAUGUCUACAUCUUACAUUUUGUGUAUCUAUUCAUCCAUGGGUGAAACUUGUGUUGCUUCCACUCUUUGGUUAUCAUGAGUAAUGCUGUUGUGAACAUGGGUGUAAAACAUCUGUUUGACUCCCUGAUUUCAGUUCUUUUGAGUGAAUAUCAUAUUUUUCCAUGUAUAAUGUGUACUUUUUUUGCUCAAAUUUUUGAGGGAAAAAUAAGGACGUGCAUUGUACAUUGGUAGUACUAAUUCUGUAUCUAUAUAAAUGUUUUUAAUUUUUAUUUUUGCUCAUGCAUUAAAAGUGUAACUAUAGAAAGCAAUAACGAUAUCCAUGUGCAAAAUAAUACCCCGAAACACAAUGAUCAGUUUUGUUUCUAAAUAUAAAAAUUAAACCAAAAGAUUUUUUUCCUGAAAGUUUGGGCCCCAAAUGUGGGUGCACAUAUACAUGGCAAAAUACAGUACCCAGAAGUGUAAUUGCUGGGUCAAAAGAUAAGUCAGUUUAAUUUUUUGAGAAAUCACCAUACUGGUUUCCACAGUGUUUGUAUAUGUUACACCUCUAUCAGCAAUACACCAGGGAUCCAGUUCCUCCACAUCCUUUGCAACACUUGUUAUUUUCUGGUGUUAUUUUGUUUUUUUGAUAAUAGCCAUCUUAAUGGGUGUGAAGUGGUAUCUCGUUGUUUUGAUGAGCUCUUUUUAUUAAACUUACUUUAUUCUCAUAAAACACCAUUCUGAGGUGUAAAUACUAACUAUUACCACCAUUUUAGAAAUGAGAAAACUAAGGCUCAUGAGUUAAGUCACUUGCUCUACUUCUUGAAGAAAGUGGCGGAGUUAGAAUUCCAAUCCAGGCAGUCUUGCUCCAGGGUUUACUUUCAGUUUCCCUCCCCCUUAUAUUAUACUUAUGUACUGGUACUUAUGUAUAACUUUGAUCUCCAACUAGGUUUUUAAGUUUUUUGAGUGUAAAAUACAUGAUGAUUGUCUUUGAAUUCCCAAAGUGCUUAGUAUAAUUCUUAAAUGAUGGAGAUGACAAAUAUUUGUGGAUGAGGAAAUUCAGGCAAAGAGAUGCUUAGUUAUUUCCCCAACAUACAAACAGUCAACAAAGAUUGGAAUUAAGAGUCCCUGCUCUUACUGCUAUAUACACCACUUUAUUAACUGUGAACCCUUUUUAGUGUUCUGACAUGGUAGUAUGUGUCAUUUCAUAGCAGUCUCCAUAUCCAUCAGAGUUCUCUGAACUCCUUUAUCAAAUCCAGAAAUACUGAACAUCUCAUCACCUCCUAUUUUAUUAAACUCAAAUAGAUCCAUAAAUAAACUUGUACUGUGUCUUGAUACCACUUAGUUACACAAUAAAGUUCAUUGCAUUGAUCAACUUUAUGUAUCAAGAUUUCACAUGAAGACAUGAAAAUAUCUCACAGCACCUAAAAUGAAGACUCCUGGACAGUUAAAUGCUGGAUUCCUGGUUGAAUCUCAGUCUACAUAAGGAAGUUGGAAUCAGCUGAGGAGCAGCUCAGACCUGGUUUAUCUUCCUGUCUACUGCAUCCCAUCUCCUGCUCAUCCUGAGGAAGAGGGUGUGGGUGUGGUUUCAAUCUACCCUUGGAAAACUGCUCCUUGAAGUUCAAGAGAGGAGGCUUCUCAGAUAUUUAAGCUACAUUGGUACUUAAAUUGACAGAUUAAGGCAGCUGCUGUGCAGAGCCCAGGGCACUGACUACAUUCAGUAAGAAACUGAACUCAUUGUUUGGUUUUACAUUAGAUCAGUGAUCUCUAAGUACUUUUCACUUUGGAUUAAGGCUGAUUGGAUAAUCUCAAAUCUUUUAGUGAAAGUUGUUUUCAAUUGUAAAUUUGAGAUAAAAUAUUUUAAAUUAGCAUUGAAAAAUACUUUAUUUUUUAAAGCUAAAUAAUAUCACCUAUGUAUUCUAUAGUACAGAAAUAUUAAAACUAUAAAAUUGUGCCUAGAGUCUACUGAGGUACCUUUUUUCUUUCUUUUUUUUUAUGUUUAGUGCAUUUAUAAAGGUCAAAGAGGUCUGGUGUAAAGCUUUGUUAAAUUCUAAAAGUAGAAAAAUAAAGUCCAUUCAUAGUUGAA